CACAGAGCAACUGUUGCUGCCGCGGCGGAUUCCCACGCGCGCAGCUCCGGAGAAUCUACGCAUGUGUGUUAUUGCGUGACUUUAUCACUCUGAAAGUUUAGGGCGAAGAUCUGCGACAUCAAAGGUCCACAGAGGGGAAGCUGCAGACUUCCUCCAGCGCGCAGGAGAGACUAGAGGGAGGUGUGUGGCAGCAGGGGGUUUGUCCUGGGGAGCAUGGCUGCAGGAUCCGCCGCGCUGUUCCCUUCACUUGAUUAGACUCACAGCACCGUUUCAAGCGCUCUGCUACCGCCCGGUUCACCGGAGGAGCGGCUGUCCCUUCCUGAGGGCGCGUGCUUCGUUUGCGCCACUGUGCGCUCGCGGGACGUGUUUCGUGGCUGCUGGAUGAUCGAGGCUCCCAGCGCGCAGCAGCGGAGCCGCUCAGUCAGUCCUGGUAAACUGAAGACUGAAAGGUGUUCCCUCCCGGAGCAGAGAGUGGGAAUAUUUGGACUUCCGCUCUCCUGCUGCUGUUUGGCAGGACGUCAAUAAGGCAAUUCACCUUCAGAGAAACUCAACACUCAGAAGGAUAGAAGCGGACCUCUGCUCUCCCCCAUCAGAGGUCAGUGCCUCGCGGCUGCGGAGCAGACAUGCCGCAGGUGGACAUGAUCCUCCUCCUGCUCCUCAUCUUUGGGAUGUGUGCGCGCGGUCAGGACCCCGGUUCCAAGUUGGUGUCAGACCGCUACGCCGUCUUCUGGAACAGAACCAACCCCAGAUUUUACCGGGGCGAUUACCACAUCGACGUCUGCAUCAACGACUACCUUGAUGUGUAUUGCCCACAUUACGCCAGCCCAGUGUCUGACGAUCGGGCCGAACGCUACGUACUCUACAUGGUGAACUAUGAUGGCUACAGCUCCUGUGAUCACACAGCCAAGGGUUUCAAACGCUGGGAGUGCAACAGGCCUUUGUCUCCAAACGGACCGCUCAAGUUCUCUGAGAAGUUCCAGCUCUUCACUCCGUUUUCUUUAGGCUUUGAAUUUCGCCCCGGCAGAGAGUACUAUUACAUCUCCUCAGUCAGCGACGUCAGAAGAAGACGGAGCUGCCUUCGACUCAAAGUCUUCGUCAGGCCCCAGAAUAAUUGUGUGAAAAAUCCUGGCAGCGAGCAGGAAGGAGUGGAUUUUGAAGAAAACAACCACAACUCCCUUGAACCCCGAGACGGCAUCAGUCAUGAGUCACCAGAACCGUCACGGACGGAUGUGAACUCUGCGGGCCGGCACCAGUAUACCAUGCUGCCACUUAGCUCCGCCCUCAUGCUCCUGGCCGCCAUCAUGUCCUUAUAGCAUUUAGCGUCCAGUUUCCAGGAAUCGCCAUGGAUUCGACGGUCCCGAUUGGACGACAAGCCGCUCUACCCUGCAGCACCUCCUUCAAGGAGCACUUUUUUUAAAAAGACACUGAUUACCUCUCGCCGACUGGCGGAGACAAGGACUUCAGCUGUGAAGCUUUUGAUGUUUAUCGACUUUUGUAAAAUGCCAAUAAGUGUGAAUCUUGUGUUACGGGCAGGUGCAGACGGUAGGUGCCCCUGAAGGUGGCGCCCGCCCACCUGCGGAUGGUGAGGAGCCUAACUUAGAUGAAGACAAGCACACCCACUUGAUCAUAGAGUUGUUUGCACGAGGGACGCAGUCCGUUCACUUCGAUGACGCAGUCUAACCUCUGUGCAGACACAGUCCAACAGAGAGAAGAAGAAUGCUGUUGCUAGGGAACUGCUGCCCAGAGCGUGCAGAGGCGGGGCUCAAUCACCUUCUCUCAGGUUUACAUGGUGUGUUCAAAUGGUUUAAGAAACACUCAUCUUUUAGUGUUUGAUUAGAAACGAUUUACCAAUCAGUUAAUUUUUCCAUUUUUUAAACUUGGUUGUAGCAGCCGACACACAUGUACAGUAAAUAUAUGAACAGAGCAUUAAGUGAAAAUGGCAACAUAUACUUUCCUAUUUAUUAUGAAGUCCUUGUGCUUUUUUUCCUCACUGGUUCUGGUUUAAUGCAUAAGCUAAAAAGGCAAUAAGCAACUCACCUUUGAUAGCUUCUAAUAUAAACUGUUCAUUUGGAAUAGAUCACUUUUUUAAACAAGGUCCAGGACAUGGAAAAAAUGUGCGUCAGAGUGUAGAAAUAAAGUGUUAGUGUUUUGAAGUUGUGUCAUUGACAGAUGUAGUUUCCUGUUCCACAACAGUUUUGUGAGUCACUCGUCACACAUGCUGUACAUAAAGGCACGUUUCCUACAGACUUCAGGGAGGUUUUCUCACACAAAGGUGGAAAAAGUUAGAUUUCUAUCUGAAUCUUUCUAUGUGGUGGUUUUGGGCGAAAUUGUUAAUUGUGAAGUAGCUGUCAUGUAAAUGGGGGGGGGGGGGUGUUUACAGAUCAGUCAAUCUUAGAAUUACAUUUAGAUAAAAAAAAAAGUUCAGGACCCCGUUUGACACCAAGAAAUCUGCCUGACUGAAAAUUAGAUUUUAAUGUAUGUAUUUAAAAGAAUUUAUAGAAAUCAAUAUCAUACAAUAGCAUUGCUUUGAAAGCAUCAGCCAAAGCUAAAGGGAUGCUUCUCAAGUUUGUGUCACAUACAGAUGAGUUCAGCUUUUUAUGGGAGUCAUGGAUCCUUCAAAUUUACCAACUUUGGGAUGUUUUUAUCCUCUUUAACACUGGCUGUAAUAAUAAGAUAUUUUUACUAAUUAGGGUCCUUCGAUAAAUUGUGUUUUAAAAUUAGCUAAACGUAUGGAUUAAUUGGACACAGUGCCUCUUUAAGCCCCUUGACGCCUGAAUUUAUUUCUAGUUAUGAAAACAAAAUUUCAUAUCAGUUACCAAUACCAAUUACUGAUCAUUUCUUGGUGAUUUUUUUCUCUCAAACAUAUUUUUUGUUUUUUUGUUUGUCUGGUUCCAACAUGGCAUUGGACGUAUUGCGGAAAAUGGCGACUGAAUUGACUUCAUUUUGUUGGAACCAGAAGGAAGUCAUUUGCUAUGGAUGACAUCACACACGAUUCGUCUAGUUUGAUUACACAGUCAAUGAUUGCGGCUCCUCCGGUCUCGUGACUGAUUGAGCAGUUCAAUAUGAUGUGGGCAGAGGGCGGGUUGGCACAAAACACUGGAGUAACUCAAUGGUAACGAAAAAUAUCUAGAAAUGUCAAAUGCACUUUUAUUUUCUCAUUUAUUCAUCGGUACUUUAAUAGAUACUUAAAGUGAUGGUGUCCGGGUAUCUAUAUAUUGAUACCUUGGUAUCGAUACUCCCAUCAUCCCAUCACAUCAUUAGGCAUCAGGUGGUUGAAAUGUCAUUGAAUCUCAUAUUUAAAAAAAAUUAAAUGAUAAUAUUGGGUUUGAUUAUUCUCAUAUUACUGAAAAGGACAUGAGCAGAAUUCUUUCAAGCAUCUAACAGUUUAUUUAAGGAGAUGAAUUAAUCUUGAGCUGCAGAAUCAUAAUGAUAGUAGUUGACGUCUGGACGGCCUGGUCUGUUUAACGUCUGUCAUCACUGUAUUACUGCAGCCGUGCCACAUGGACAAAUAAGACAUUAGAUCUGUUUUCUGUGGAUACUGUGUAUCCAGAAGAGUUAGAUCCUUUUUACGCACCUCUUAUACGGGCAGUUUAGCGUUCCCAUAGAUGUUGUUAGCAAAACAAACGUUUGAUACAAAGGAUGCUAACUUUUAUUUUAUAUGUCUUUUAUACAAAAGGGGAAAAAACUGAGCAGAUCAACUUUGCACCGUGUUUGUGCAGCUGAGGCAUGUAUCAAAGAUGCGCUACAGUCGACUGCACACCUCCCCACAGUAUGGAGGAGCGGAGAAAACUGUGCUCGUGGUGUGUUUUUCCUGUUUUGUGCACCCCAAAGCAUCUUCAGGAUGGUCCUCAUUUCUGUGUCAACAUCUUCAGGUCUGCAGAAGAGACUACCGCUAAUGCACUUGACUCUUACUGGCUGUGUUUUAGAGCAGAGUUGAGUAUCAACAAGGUAGUUAUAAGUUCUGUGGACUUCUAUGUCACCUGCCUUACGUAGCUUGUAGCUAACACCGCAGAGUUUGCUCUCAAUUUUUGUCUCUGAUUUUUGUAACAGAUGUUUUUGUUUAUGGGAAACCACAACUGUGCUUUUUUUCUUUCAAUCUAGACACGGAUGUAUCAAAAAUUGCAUGUUUCUUUUUAACAUUGUGACUGUACUUUGUGGCCCUUUGACCUUUCCCCUCUUUCACUCAUCCAGACCGUCCUAAUUUCUGACUGUCUGCUUCCCGUUAUUUCCCCCUCUUGACUUUUCUACAAAGCGGCUAUGUCUUUGUAAAUACACGUACCAGAGCAGCUAUGACUAAUGAACACACAGACAAAAAAGAUUUAAUAAAUAUUUCCUUGUUGUUGUAA